GGAAGAAAUUCCCCACGAAAUUUCACAAGGAAAAAAAUGCCUCCAUCCCUGCCCCACGGGGAGGAAUAUUCUUGGAAUCUCCAUCCCCAUGGUGGGAAAAUUCGUGAAGCUCCGCAGGUCGUGGAGGAAAUUGCCAUCUCUAAAGCAAUCACCGACUAUUUGCGCAUGAUCAAAGAGCUUAUUGAUCGUAUUAGUCGUGCAGAGAAAAUAGCUCUUUCCAACUCAACGAUACAAGUUCACUUUUUGAACGGUCUUAGAUCAGAGUACCGAGAGUUCAAGGCCUCUAUACAGGCUCGAGAUGAACCGCCGUUGUCCUUUAAAGAUUUGCAGGACAGAUUGCUAGCUUAUGAAGAGUCUCUACAGCGAGAAGACUCUGGCCAAGAAUUGCAAGCCCCACUCAUGGCACAAUUUGCAGCCACUAAUUCCAAGAAUUGUCCAGAUCUGAGGAAUCAUGCACAUGUGGGAAAUUUUGCAUUCACAUCUCGCAAGGCAGGCAAUGACUGGUGGAUUGAUUCUGGUGCAUUCGAUCAUGUUACCCUAGACUUGUCUAAUCUUGCAUUACACUCAGAAUAUAAUGGACCAGAAGAACUGUUUAUUGGAGAUGGAUCAGGAUCGCACCACGGGAGCAACGCUUCUUCGAGGGCACAAUCAUCAUGGCGUGUACCGUCUACUCAUCCAAGAUUAUUUUACUCAAGACAUGUUGUCUUGGAUGAGCAUGAUUUUUUCUACAAAAAAUCUCCCACCCUUGCUUUGGAUGGUGGCACUCAAUCCUCUUAUAGUCCAUCCAAAUUAGUUGUUAUUUCUCCAUCAGGUACUAUUAGCCCUCAAGCCUGCUUUCAUGGUGCGGCCCAUCCACGUGACAAUCAGGUAAGUUCUUCCAUCACCCAUCCUUCUUCCUUAAUUCCAACUAUGGUCCAAAGUUCAACCCACUUGCCCUCUCCAUCUACAAUCCAUGUGCCUUCUCACCCAAUAACCGGUACGGACCCUAGCCACACAUCUUUACGCCCUUCAUCCUCGACCCAACCUACCUCUAACACUUCCACCUCGGCUCAUUCCAUAUCAGGCCCACUUACAACAACUGACUCCUUGGCGACCUUCACCUCAUCUCAUCCCACUCAAUACAUUCGUGAGCUUUUGGUCAAGUUUGGCAUGAGUGAUGCUAAGCCCGUGCAAUCUCCCAUGGCCACUGUAUCUUUGCACUUACAUCAAGGUAAUCAGCUCUCUGAUGCUCAGCCAUAUCGUCAACUCGUUGGUUCUUUGCAAUAUCUUGCUCUCACUCGGCUGGAUAUCUCCUUUGCUGUUAACAAGUUAUCUCAAUUUCUUCGUGCUCCGUCUGAUGCUGGUGACAAAGACACUUAUCAUUCUACGACUGGAUAUGUGGUGUUUCUCAGUAGUAAUCCUAUUUCUUGGCAUGCUUGCAAGCAGAAAAGUAUUGCUCGGAGUUCCACCGAGGCGGAGUACCGUGCACUCGCUGUUGCCUCUUCUGAAUUAGUCUGGAUUAAGCAUUUUCUUCAUGAACUUGGCCAUCCUGUCUCUGAAUGUCCUGCAAUUUAUUAUGAUAAUGUUGGUGCUACACAUCUGAGUAGCAAUCCGGUGCUGCAUACUAGGAUGAGGCAUAUAGCAAUUGAUCUCCAUUUUGUCAGAGAACUAGUUGAUCGCAAGGUUCUUCGAGUAAGCCAUAUCUCCACUCUUGACCAAUCAGCCGAUGUCCUCACCAAACCACUUUCCACAUGUUGUUUUGCUCAACUUCGACGUAAGAUUGGAGUCACCAAUGGGAGCUCCAUCUUGAGGGGGCAUAUUAAGGAAACAACCAGUGAUUGAGCUAGAUUGAUUCUAUUCAAUAGUGCAUCUGUGAUUGAUCUUCCACUUAAUAUUGUAUCUCUAAUUUGGUUUAUAUUUUGCAAUAAUGAUUAUGAUAGUUA